AUGGAUUACAAAUUUGUAGCAAAAUACUCAAAUGACUACAAGAUUCCAGAAGAUAGCAGUAACUUCUUCGUGCGACAUAAGAAUGAGAUAUACGAAUACAGACUCCUACCAACCAAGAGCAUCUUCAAACAGAGUAGGAAGGCAGUCAUAGCCUACAAACAGAACAAUCUAACAUUUGUUAUGCACGAGAAGAAGCUGGAAGUCUGUUUUGAGAAAGAUGUUAAGAAGUACAGAAGCACAGUUCCAAUCAUAGACAACAAUGGAAUAUUCUUGAUUCGUGACAAGAAUAAGGCAUUUGUUGUGAAUGAGAGUGGUGAAACUGCUUUCUGUACAAACAAGGACGAGUUACUCUAUUUCAUUGGAAAUGGUACAGUUUAUUACACGAGUGAGCAGUUGAAGAUUGAGGAGACUUCUGAAGAGAAGACUAAGGAAGACUGUGAUUGCUACGAAUGCAAGCACUGCUUGCCAAGAACAAGAAAAAAGGGCAAAAGCGGUGCAAGAGGGUUUCUGAUUGAAGAUAAGUUGGGAAGAAUCAAGGUUUAUAAGGAGCAGAGUGAACCAAAGAUAGUAAUAGAAAACAGGCUAUUUGUCUACUGUGAUAAUGCAUUGAUAACAGACGUAGUUAAGAUUAGUCAUCGCACCAUUGGUGAAAGACUCUUUCUAAUUGUACUAACAGCCAAUUCAUGCUACGUAAUUCAUAAGAACAUCAUUGUGAGACAGAAUGUGGCUGGAUUCAUUGAAAUAGUUCCAGAGAGAUUCGCAAUUCACAACUACAUCAACGAGCAGAGCAUCUAUGAGAUGUUUGUUCUCUUUGCGUGUUUCAAGGAGACUCUUUUUACGAGACUGAAUGAGCUGUAUCGAGACGAAUUCAGGCCUGAGAAGCUGCUAUGCCAAAUAAUCGCGGACAAACAGAACAAAGAGUUGAACAAGGAGUUCUACGCCAAUUUCAUACGAAGUGUCCCAAAUAAGGUUCUUUGUAAGGCAUACAAGCUACUAGACGACAAAAAUAAGUUAGAGCUGCUGAAUUACAUCAGAUUCAAUGAUUUGGAUGCAGAGGAGAUGCACAUGAUCAUUCCAUACAACCAGGAGCACUACAGGCAGUUUGUCGACCUCUGUCUUGCUGAAAACAAGCUUCAUUUGGCCUGGGACUUCCUUGAAUUCAUGCGAAGAAGUAACAAACACAAACCCCUUCAAAAGUAUCUGCUUCAAAAUGGAAUAAUGGCGGAUGAGAGCUAUUCCACCAUGUACGACCUCCAGAAACAGGAAAUACACGGCGGAAGGUGA